CGCUGUCCGAAUCGGACAAGGUAAUAGACAGUUGUAAGAAAGAGAGGGAGAAGAACGAUCCAAGACAUGGAUCAUGAUCCUUCAAACGCGAAACCAAACCAACACCCACCUCUAACCAACCCAUCUCCGACGUCGUUUCGAGGCCCCAACCAUCGGCGAGCCCACUCCGAGGUUCAAUUCCGUCUCCCUGAAGAUCUAGACCUCUCCGAAACGUUCAGCGGGUUCGACGACCUUGGAUCCGAAGAUGACCUCUUCUGCUCCUUCAUGGACAUUGAGAAUCUCGGAUCCGGACCGGGUAAUAAUAACCCGUUUCCCGCUGAAAAUGGUGGAGGUGGAGGGAGAGAGGAGGAAGGUGGGAGCUCGAGGCCUAGACAUAGGCAUAGUGUCUCCGUUGAUGGGUCUUCGAGUUUGGAGUCGAUAGAGGCUAAGAAACCCAUGACUCCUGAGAAACUCGCUGAGCUUUGGGUUGUUGAUCCCAAGAGAGCUAAAAGGAUAAUGUCUAACCGACAAUCUGCAGCUCGUUCAAAAGAGAGAAAGGCUCGGUAUAUAAUGCAGCUCGAGAGGAGAGUCCAGACCUUGCAAGCUGAAUAUGCUACCCGUUCUGCACACCUGUCUUUGAUCAAUACAGACAUAGCUGGGUUGUUAUCUGAGAACACAGAGCUCAAGCUUCGCAUACAGGCCGUGGAACAAAAGGCCAAGUUGCGUGAUGCGCUGAACGAAAAAAUGAAAAAGGAGGCCGAGAGGCUGAGGUUCGCAGCAGCGGGACAAGUCUCACACUCUGAUGCUUAUAACCUCCAAGUGGCUCGCAUGCAAUACUCUCAACAGCAAUCAUUCUUUCAACAGCAAGCUGAUGCUCAGAACAUGCAACAAAUGACUCCUCAGUUUCAUCUCUUCCAGCCAAACAACAACAACAACAACAACCAAAACCCUCAACUUAUGCAUCAUGCUACUUCCAACGCCUCUGGUCAAUCUCAUUCCUAUUCGGAGGAAGUGCAUGAAGACCAUCUUGGCAGCUUACAGGGGCUUGACAUUAGCAAUGGCUCAAACUUUGGUAGGUCUAGUGAAAGCAGCAGCAGCACCAUGUGAGAGAGGCUGCCUUUUCUCGAUAAACCUUUUCUUUUUCUUCUCAAUUGAUACCUCAUUUAGAUAAACAAAAAGUAACAUCUCUGUCUUAUACAUUCAUUAUUCUGUAAAACUGGUUUCUCUUUUUGGGGGCGUUUUGGGGUUCCAACUUGUCUCAUUACUCUGUUUCCUGGUUCAUGGGGGAGCUACCAAAGCCUUAUGUUCUUUUCCAACUGCAACCAUCCUUGUAAAAUGGUGGUUGUGUUUGGAUUUGGCUUUGCCUUAAACCUGAAAAGAAAUUGUUUUUAUUUUA